AAAAUCUCUCUGGCAAAUGUUGGACUUCCUAAAUAAAUAUUUAUUAUUUUAUUAAGGAAUAGUUACCGUUUCUUAAAAAUUGUAGUGCGAGUAUGAUGGGUAUCUGCGGUCAAGUUACCGGACCUCGUUGUCAUAAAGUUUUCUGUAGUCCGAAUUUCAAUUUUUCUAAACAAUUCUCUUCAUGAGGAAAUUUAAAUAGUACGUUGUGGAAACACUGUUUGUUGUUCCUUUGUUUAGGCAGGUCGGAUCAUCUUCUGUGUAUUUUCAAAAGAUGAUUUUCAUGUAUAUGAAAAGAAAAUGCUCAAGUACUUUCCAUUCACGAAAAAAACCAAUGAACAAAUGAAUGUUGAUAAUGAUGGUAGUAGAGCUGAAAUGGACACCGGAAGUAAAUCAAAUGAUAAAGGUGAAACUAGACGUCCUUCACUAAGCAAUAAAAUAGAAACCAGUGAAGUAUUGACGAAUGAGUUAUCCAUGGUCAAAGGAAAAACUUGUGAGACAAAUAUUUUAAAAAAAAAAGGAAACAAACGACUAGAAUCAGGUGAUCCAAGCGAAACCUCCACCAAAAAAUAUUUGCGAACAGAUGAAGAAAGUGAACUCACUAACAAAAAUCCAUCAGAAAAAGAAGAUGAACGUCAACCUUACGCUAUGGAUAUGACCUCUGGGAAGAAAUUUACCAACAUGAAUUUUCUGGAAGAAGGACAUGGAGACAGUGAACAUCCUGUAGAACUUGAAGAAGGCAAGGGAAAGAAAAGCGAAGCUGUUAUUGAUUACCCUGAUCUUAACGUGUGCAUCAUUGGUGUGUAUGGAACUCAAAGUAUGAAUACUGCCGAGGGACUCUACCAUGUUUCGUUAUUUUAAUUGAAACAUCCAUAUUUCUCAUGCCUUGCUUUACAAAAGACAAUUUUCGCAAUUAUUUGUGAGUUAUCAAUUAUCUAAUGAUAAGCUUUUCGUUUUGAGAAAAGAAUUUUUAUCAGAUUAUUUUUAUUUUGAUGGCUAUUUAAACUACAAAUUAAACAUAAAUGCAGUAAACCAAAUCAUUAAUCUCAU